GGGAGGAGGAGAGCCCAGGAGAGGCUCCACACCCUGAAAAGCCCCACCUACACCUCACCCCGGCACAGUGCCAUGCUCUGCCAGCAGGGGGCGCAUGCACAGGUGCAAGGAGCAGGCGCCUGGGCACACACCUGGCCACACACCUGUGCAGAGCUGGCGGCAGGCCCUCCCCGCGCAGGAAUGGCGUGCCCCCAGCUGCCUCGGCUUCUGCUUGCGGUGCUGUUGCCGGUGCUCCUGUUGAAAGCUUCUGAUUCUAAUGACAGCACUCCCUCUACAGGUGCUACAACCUUGGGGAUGAGUCCGGAGACGCCAGCUACCACCUCUCUGAUUUCUUCUCCCUCCAUCCACAGCACCUUAAGUUCAGAGAAACCCCGCAACACCGACUCCAGCCCCCCGAGUUUGGACAUAGUCUCCACGACCCACCUCAGCCCCUCAAGUCCAGGAGCAAUCCCUACCACGCAGCCUAGCCCCAGCUCCACAGAUUCAAGGAUGACUCUCUCCUCCCCACAACCAGACACAAUCACCCUCCCUAGUUCCGGCUCCCCCAGUGCAGAGCUCACCCCUUCUUCCCAUUCCACCCUCCCCAGUUCCGAAUCCCUGAACCCGCACUGGAGCCUCACUUCCCACAGCCCUGGAACAGACCCCUCCUCCAUGCCCUUGACCUCCACUGACCAGACCUCAGAGGGUCCUGGCCCAGCUCCAGGUGACACUGGGCCCCCUGAGUUACACAGAGACCCAGGUGUGGUAGUGAUCGUGUGUUUGCUGGUGUCUCUUUUGGUCAUCGGGUCUGUGGUCAUGGCUGUGAGGUUCUGCCACCGGGAUGAGUCCAAGUUUGGGAGGCUGGACGAGGUGUCCAUGGUAAGGGGUCCAUGAACGACAGAUCGGCCUUUGCCCACCACCUCCAGGAGUGAGCCCCGAGGAGCCAACAGAGAUGGGGGCGUGGGUGGGGCUGGGGUGCUGGGGAGGAGCAGAACCCGAGGAAAUAAAGCCCCAGACUGGGCAUGGUGGCUCACGCCUGUAAUCCCAGCACUUUGGGAGGCCAAGGCGGGCAGAUCACGAGUUCGGGAGUUCGAGACCAGCCUGACCAACAUGGUGAAACCCUGUCUCUACUAAAAUUAUGAAAAGUAGCCGGGCAUGGUGGCACGUGCCUAUAAUCCCAGCUACUCAGGAGGCUGAGGCAGAAGAAUAGCUUGAACCUGGGAGGUGGAGUUUGCAGUGAGCUGAGAUUCUGUCUCAAAAAAAUAAAAAAUUAGUAAUAAAUAAAGCCCCUACCAUUCA